GAGGCGGAGUCUAGUGACGAGGGCGGUAGGGGAGAGCUCCGUCAGCCCUGCAGGGUGAGCAGUCCAGCCCUGGGUCCAGCGGAGCUGAAACCUACAGCCGGAAAACUUCCAUCUCCCUCUCCGGGCUUUGAUCCUCACCGGACAGCAGACCCGAGGCGCCGACCGACCGGAGGGAGGAUGAGAGAUGACCGAUCCUUUGGCAACCUGACCAUCUCUUUAGCAGAGCCUUUCAAAGUGAACCGGAGGCUGGCCACACGACCCAGGAGGCGCCGUGCCUCUUGUGGAUGUGCGUGUAUGAGUGAGCAAGCGGGCGUGUGUGUGUGUGAGUGAGGCUGUGUAUGUGUAUGUGUGUGCGCGCGUGUGUGUGUGUGUGUAUGCGCGCGCUUGUGGUGUGGAUGGGUGUGUGCACAGCACAAUUGCGUGGAAGCGUGUCUGGGUGAGUGUGUGUGCUACUUGUGUUUGUGUGUGUGUGUGUGUGUAUGUGUGUGUGCCCGCGCUCGUGUGCCCUUGGCUGCUAUUAUUAUUAUUAUUAUUAUUAUUGUUUUGAAAGAAAAAUCCUGGAAAUCUGGGGCAGGUUAUGGUACUCCCAGGGUGAUUUCUUCUUUUGCAAGAGGAGCUGACCAGAGCGAGCCACCAGAGCCUUUUCCCUGCCAGAAGAGAGCAUUUUUCUCCCAGAAGAAGGAUUUCUACCCCCGCUCUGCAGCCAAGUAAAAGAGAUUAGCCCCGAAACCUGCAAAAUCGACUAUUGCUGUGUGAUUACCCAGGCUUGGGAGAGGACUUGGCAAGAAAAGGAGAAAUAAAUCAAACAGCCUGUCAGUUCUUUUGCCACGUCGGAAGAUGUCAUCUCAAACUAAGUUCAAGAAAGACAAAGAGAUCAUUGCUGAAUAUGAAGCCCAAAUAAAAGAGAUCCGCACGCAGCUGGUGGAGCAGUUCAAAUGCCUGGAGCAGCAGUCAGAGUCGCGGCUGCAGCUGCUGCAAGACUUGCAGGAGUUCUUCCGCAGGAAAGCUGAGAUCGAGCUCGAGUAUUCCCGCAGUCUGGAGAAGCUGGCCGAGCGCUUCUCCUCCAAGAUCCGCAGCUCUCGGGAGCACCAGUUCAAGAAGGAUCAAUACCUCCUCUCUCCCGUGAACUGUUGGUACCUGGUACUGCAUCAGACCCGGCGGGAGAGCCGAGACCAUGCCACCCUCAAUGACAUCUUCAUGAACAAUGUCAUCGUCCGCCUCUCCCAGAUCAGCGAGGAUGUCAUCAGACUCUUCAAAAAGAGCAAAGAGAUUGGCCUGCAGAUGCAUGAGGAGCUGCUGAAGGUGACCAAUGAGCUCUAUACAGUUAUGAAAACAUACCACAUGUACCACGCAGAGAGCAUCAGUGCAGAAAGCAAGCUGAAGGAGGCUGAGAAGCAGGAGGAGAAACAGUUCAACAAGUCAGGAGACCUCAGCAUGAACCUGCUCCGGCAUGAGGACAGGCCCCAGCGCCGCAGCUCUGUGAAGAAGAUUGAGAAGAUGAAGGAGAAGAGGCAGGCCAAGUAUUCUGAGAACAAGCUCAAGUGCACGAAGGCCCGCAAUGACUACCUGCUGAAUCUGGCAGCCACCAACGCAGCUAUCAGCAAAUACUACAUCCAUGAUGUCUCUGAUCUCAUUGAUUGCUGUGAUUUGGGCUUUCAUGCCAGCCUGGCCCGCACCUUUCGGACCUACCUCUCAGCAGAAUAUAACCUGGAAACCUCUCGCCACGAGGGCCUGGAUGUCAUCGAGAAUGCAGUGGACAACCUGGACUCCCGGAGUGACAAGCACACGGUCAUGGACAUGUGCAGCCAGGUCUUCUGCCCACCACUCAAGUUUGAGUUCCAGCCCCACAUGGGGGAUGAGGUAUGCCAGGUGAGUGCACAGCAGCCCGUCCAGACAGAGCUGCUUAUGCGGUACCACCAGCUGCAGUCCAGGCUGGCCACUCUCAAGAUUGAGAAUGAAGAGGUGAGGAAAACCCUGGACGCCACCAUGCAGACCUUACAGGACAUGCUGACUGUGGAAGACUUCGAUGUCUCUGACGCCUUCCAACACAGCCGAUCUACAGAGUCCAUAAAGUCAGCCGCUUCUGAGACCUACAUGAGCAAAAUCAACAUCGCCAAAAGGAGAGCCAACCAGCAGGAAACAGAAAUGUUUUAUUUUACGAAAUUUAAAGAAUAUGUGAACGGCAGCAACCUCAUCACCAAGCUGCAAGCCAAGCAUGACCUGCUCAAGCAGACACUGGGUGAAGGAGAGAGAGCAGAGUGCGGCACAACCAGGCCCCCCUGUCUUCCCCCUAAACCACAGAAAAUGAGGAGACCUAGGCCUCUUUCAGUGUAUAGCCAUAAACUCUUUAACGGCAGUAUGGAAGCAUUCAUUAAGGAUUCAGGACAAGCUAUACCACUUGUAGUUGAGAGCUGUAUCCGAUUCAUCAAUUUAUAUGGACUCCAGCAGCAGGGGAUCUUCAGAGUUCCAGGGUCUCAAGUUGAAGUCAAUGAUAUCAAGAAUUCCUUUGAGAGAGGUGAAGACCCCCUCGUGGACGACCAGAAUGAGCGAGAUAUCAAUUCAGUUGCUGGUGUUUUAAAACUGUAUUUCCGAGGACUGGAAAACCCACUCUUUCCUAAGGAAAGGUUUCAAGAUUUGAUAUCCACUAUUAAACUGGAGAACCCAGCUGACAGGGUGCACCCGAUCCAGCAGAUCCUCAUCACCCUGCCCCGUGUGGUCAUCGUGGUCAUGAGAUACCUCUUCGCUUUUCUCAAUCACCUUUCCCAGUACAGUGAUGAGAACAUGAUGGAUCCCUACAACUUGGCCAUCUGCUUCGGGCCCACCCUCAUGCACAUCCCCGAUGGGCAGGACCCUGUAUCCUGCCAGGCGCAUGUCAAUGAAGUCAUCAAAACCAUCAUCAUCCACCAUGAAGCCAUCUUCCCCAGCCCGAGGGAGCUAGAGGGACCCGUGUACGAAAAAUGCAUGGCUGGAGGGGAAGAGUACUGUGACAGCCCACACAGUGAGCCAGGGACCAUUGAUGAAGUUGACCAUGACAAUGGCACGGAGCCUCACACCAGUGAUGAAGAAGUGGAGCAGAUCGAGGCCAUUGCCAAGUUUGACUAUGUGGGGCGGUCCCCUCGUGAGCUGUCCUUCAAAAAAGGGGCCUCACUGCUCCUGUACCACCGUGCCUCAGAGGACUGGUGGGAAGGCCGUCACAAUGGUGUGGAUGGACUCAUCCCUCAUCAGUACAUAGUUGUACAGGACAUGGACGAUGCUUUCUCGGAUAGCCUGAGCCAGAAGGCUGACAGUGAGGCCAGCAGCGGGCCACUGCUGGAUGACAAGGCCUCCUCCAAGAAUGACCUUCAGUCCCCCACAGAGCACAUCUCUGAUUACGGCUUUGGGGGGGUGAUGGGCCGAGUGCGACUACGGUCCGACGGAGCGGCCAUCCCCAGGCGCCGAAGCGGGGGCGACACACACAGCCCACCCCGGGGCUUGGGUCCCAGCAUAGACACGCCACCCCGAGCUGCUGCCUGCCCCAGCAGCCCCCACAAAAUCCCCCUCAGCCGGGGACGGAUUGAGAGCCCUGAGAAGAGAAGGAUGGCGACAUUCGGGAGCGCUGGCAGCAUCAACUACUCUGACAAGAAGGCACUGGCAGAAGGGCUCUCCAUGAGGUCGACUUGCGGCUCCACGCGACACAGCAGCCUAGGGGACCACAAGUCCCUGGAGGCUGAGGCCCUGGCAGAAGACAUCGAGAAGACCAUGAGCACCGCUCUGCAUGAAUUGCGAGAGCUUGAGAGACAGAACACCGUCAAGCAGGCACCAGAUGUGGUGCUGGACACCCUGGAGCCCCUGAAGAACCCACCAGGCCCCAUCAGCUCAGAGCCCGCCAGCCCCCUGCACACCAUUGUCAUCCGAGACCCCGAUGCUGCCAUGCGCCGCAGCAGCAGCUCAUCUACCGAGAUGAUGACCACCUUCAAGCCGGCCCUGUCAGCUCGCCUGGCUGGUGCCCAGCUGCGUCCACCCCCAAUGCGUCCGGUCAGGCCUGUGGUCCAGCACCGAUCCAGCAGCAGCAGCAGCUCAGGUGUGGGCAGCCCAGCUGUGACACCCACCGAGAAGAUGUUCCCCAAUAGCUCCUCGGACAAGUCUGGCACCAUGUGACCUGCAGGACCAGUGACACCGCCGUGGCCCACUGUAGCACACCAUGGCCUAGGGUGGCCUCGGUGGCUUCCACUUGCUUCCCAGGGAUCUCCUGGCCUUGGAGGGGAGAUCCUAGAAGGUCAGCCUGGGAGGGAGGAUGUCUGUGGAGAGCAGAGGCCCAGGCGUUAGCUGCAGCUCCUACUCAGCCAUGUGAACGCCACAGACCUCUUGUGGGCAAACAGACAUGCCAAGGAAGGCUGGAGCAAGAUCAGUCCCAGGGACGGUGUUUGCUAAGAUUGAGGCAGAUGCUUACCAGCUUCUCAUAAUGUCACUGGAAAAUUAUUCUCUCGAUAUUCUCUGCAUACGUAUACGUGUGUACAUAAAUACGUGCAUAUAUACGCAUAUGUGUACGUAUGUGUCUGUAGGUGUGUGUGUGUGUAUUUAUGCAUCUAUAUACAUAUACUAGAGAGCUGGACAUACACACAUGCUAACUGUAUAUAGACGCUCCUGUUUUUCUUUUUAUGAAACUUAGAUUUACCUCAGACCCAUGCCACCAAACAUCUCCCACUGUUAUUUGGUGGGAUUUGCAGGGACUUCUCUGGGAGAACUUAGAGGCCCCACAGUAACUUCGAAUGAAGCAAUAUACCACUAACCUGCAGAGACACAAAACCAGAAACAGUCUCCAGCUGUCUCCAGAAGUCGUGGCCUUCCAGAACAGUCUGCCCCUCAAGGAAGGGUGGGGCAGACAGUACCCCCAUGCAGACUGCUCCUAAAGGUGGGGAACCCUUCAUAGAAAACCCUCCAUUCACCCCCCCAGAGACCCUGCCCUGCCACCCGGAGGCCAAAGGUCAACUGUACCCCGAAAGGCACAGGGGAGGUUGGUGUGAAGACCCAUGAGUUUGUAUACAGAAUCAGGAUGGUGAAAUGCUGUGCCCCAUCACAGCACAGCAUUACCUAUGGUUGGGGGAAAAAGAACAACAAAAACCAAAACAGUAGUAAGGGUGGUUCAAACCCUCGAAAUGCUGUAGGGAUGAAUCUGUGGUGACUAUAGAAGCUUUGGUUCGUUCCUCUUCAAAAUAUUUAAUCUUUUUCUUCUUCCUCAUUCUACUAAUUAUACUAUGUCAGAUUUGGAACUAAAUGGGCAGGGAAUGAAUGAACAUUUCACUCAGCCAUUGAAGGGUGAAACUGUUUCUGUUUGGGAUCGGUCCACAGCACGCUGUGUUACCGCUGGAAUGUCCAGUGCUCGGUCAGCUUUUGGCCUCCAUCCUAGACGGAAACACUGUAAGCUGAGAUUUUAUGACAAUGGAAGUAUGCCCCACCCUCUCUUCCCUUCUUCCAUUCCUUCUAAAGCAAUUAAUGUAAACAAACAUGGUGGUAGAAACAAGGUAUGUGAUUCUGGAAUAUGACAAGAGCCUUCUGCAUGGCUCUUGUUUGAUUCCAUUUUAUCUGCAUUUUUGUUGACUCCAUUUUCCAGAUAUUUUCAGAUUUUUUUUUUUUUUUUUUUUUGGUAACGCACCACAGGUGAAUCUGAUCCUAAUGGGACCAUUUAUAUAUGCAUGUCAAGCCAAGGAUCUUUUCCCAUCUCUCUCUCUCUGUCUCUCUCCUCUCUCUCACACAUACACACACACACAAUGGCUUAUUCUCUUCCUGCCUCCAAGUCUUACAUCCCAAAUCUAGAAUUUGAGUCACAGCCCCCAUAGGAGCUGUGUAACCUUUGGGUGCAGCACUCCUGUCAUCUACAGAUGCUUUGAAAUGCCAUCCUUGGCAUUUUUUUCCCAUUGGGUUUGCUUCCACCAUCUCUUGGGUCCUCCAUUUAAAGGUAACUUCCCCCGUUCCCCAGGGAGAGACCUAGUGAGUCACUGGUACUUGACUUGAGUGUGGGGAGGAUCACCCAUUCUACCUUUCCUGUAGGAUCAUCACUAUGGAAUCAAGAAUGGGUACACAAUGAGAAUGUCAGGGAGAUGCCGGAGACACCUAGCCUUUCUUCCCUGUCAACUGCUAUGAUGGGCCCUCUGUCUUUGAGCACAUUUUAUAGUUGAAGAGAGUAAAGCCUGGGAGUGGGCUGGGACCUUCACAAGCUAUGACAGAUGCCCUGAUGCACUGCACCAGGCUCAGGAAGCCCUCAUUUCCAAGUAUCUGCUAUCUCUGCUAUGCAUCCAGGAGAUAAGACUUCUCUUUUGUAUCCCAGGGCUAUUCCAAGAUUUUUAAGUCCACUCACCUCCUAGGCAAAAAUGCAACAUUCUCUGCCUGGAUAAAAGCAAAUUUGAGUUUACAAAUAUAUUCUCUGACACGCCGAAUGCCAGCUAUGCUGUGCAGAUUUGUCUCUGGGUUGACUUCAUUUUCCUUACUGCCUCUCCCCAGAUGUCCCAAGAGCAGAGCCUCAGCUGUUUUCCUUAGGCAUCUAUUUUUUCCCCCUAUCGGCAAAUGGCUGAUGAGUUCACAUUUAGGGAAGCGCACACACAGAUGGCAGACGAGUCCCCAACUCCUCCAACCCCAAAUCUGAGCUUUGAUGCAGAACAAAUGGAAAAACACUGUCCACCCCCAUCCCCAACACACUUCUUCAUCUGGUCCCCUGCAUGUCUCAGCCACCCCCAGGCCCCACUUCAGCCCCAUCCGUGUCUAUCUAGCGUGAGCAUCUCCCUUCCAACUCCUGCCUGUUUUUAGUCCACUAUAUAUUGCUGUAUUUGUUAAAUGCUGGAAAGUAACUGUUAAAAUGUGAAACUGUAAUUUUUUUUUAAAGAAGGCUACAAUUACAUUAUAGCCAAUGCCACUCACCAAAUCUUUGCACCUAGUAGAUAGAUCGAUGUAAAAAUAAAUUACCAGAAACCUAAUUGUACAGUGACUGGGGUGGGGGGUGUAGUACCAUAGUUAGUAGUCCUCAAUAUAGCCGAGCAUACAAGGGCAAGUGGUGUCUACCGAUGUUCAUCGCCAUUAUGGAAAGCUGUACUGAUCAGUUAGUUGAUAACGGGCAUUUUUUUAAAAAAAAGUUAUUUUGGCUUCAUGGAAUGAUUUCUUAACCUCCAACUUAUCCUGAGGUCAAGCCUUUUGUCUUUAUGUAUAACCGGUGUUCAGUCUGUUUUAGGAAUGAACCAGCAAGAUGUUCAUUUAAUUAAAACUGACCAAAGACAAUUACUUCCUGGUCUAGUUUCCUGGGCACCCGUGUGGCCCAGCUGCCACUAAAGACCUUUCUCCGAUCAAUUUGAGAACAAGCUGAGCUUCCGACCCCACUCGCCCUCCCUGCCCUCCCUUCUCUUUUCCUCAUCGAGCUGCUCUGAGCUGUGGGAUCCUGUGAACAACUGUCGCCUUUCCUUGUUUUCAGUGCUAACUUUUCACCUCGAAGCGCCUUUUGAACCCCGGACAGAGCACACAACUGGAGGGAAUUGUGGGCAUGUUAAGACUAGGGAGUCUUUCCUCCCAAGUCACUAAACUAGGGGUCAGGAGGGAAAGGGAUUCCUAAGGAACAGGAAGGUUUAUGUCCAGUGAAGAAAUGAAAUUGGAGCGGGAAGAGAUACAGGGAAAAGGAGCCAUCUGUUGGCUACUGGCUGGAACCAGCAGUUCAGAGAUCUGCCUUAUAAACACUUUAAACUGGUUUGUGGUACACAAAGGGGAGCUGGUGGGAGAGAAGCCUCUACGCAGGGCUCCUUUCGUUGGCAUCUCCUGGAGUGCCUUGUUGGGUGAGGUCCUUUCUUAUUCGGGAGGCACAGACGCAGAGGAUGUCUCGUGACCUGGUGCUUGGUCAUCGAUGAGUGGCCAGCGCCACAUACAUUCGGAACAAGUGCUGGCAAACCCCAAGGACUAAUGGACGCGAUGGUCCCCCUCUCAGCCUUUCUGUUUCUAACUUCUCAUCUUCCAGAUGGUUCCACACUAGAGCAAAUGCCUCAUUCUCCUGAGAAACCCAGAAAGGGCGUGGUGGAGGGGGUUGUUGCUUCUAGCUGUGGCAGUGGGUCCUGCUGGACUAGGAAGGAAAGGUGUGACGGGGAGGAAAGAGCAGGAAGGGGUGAGCUGAGGCGUGGCUUCACCAAUCUGCUGCUGGGCAGAGCUGAUGCUGACAGUUCACGCCCAGUUCUCUGGUUCUCUGGUCUCUUCCCCACUGAGCUGAAUUCCAAGUGGAGAACUCCACGCACUCGAAGCUGCCCAGGGGGACUGCCAGGAGAGUCUUCACUGUCAGCCUGAGACCUUCUGGCCUCUCUGAGGUUGAUCUGCCAGCAUUCUAUUGUCCCGUCCUCUGGGACUGGCCUAACGGCCAUGGCUGCCCUUGGCUGACACCUCCUUUGUGUGUGAACUGUCCCAGGCAAAUCACAAAGCUGUUCCUUGAAGGGGAACCGCCAGAGUGCACUUUUCUUCCCUUGAUGGAAGUGGGUCAAGGCUAGGUCUGCUGCUCAGGCCCUCAUUCCAGGCAGUGUGACUGUUUACAUGGUUUGGUAAUAGGUUUGCUUCUGAUUGCUUCAGAGUGGCUGGUCUAUUUUGUUUUCUUUCCUUCUCCCCCCACGUCGUUGUGACAGGAAAAACAAACCGAAACCACCCUAGGAAAUUGCUGGUUGCCUGUCCCCAUGUGAUGCUAACUGUUGCCCUCUUCUGGGUGUCAUUUCUCUACCUUAUGACCAAAUGCCCGUCCUAUAGAGUGUCUGAUUGGAUCCUCUGUUGCGUAUUCUGAUGGUGCCUGCUGGUUUGAUGUGGAGCUAUCCUGUGAAAUAAAAACAGCUUAACUUUU